AACAGAUCAAUAGGCACAACUUGCACCGGUAUAAUGGAGAACUCACAGCUACAGACAGAUCCAGAGGAGGAAAUGUCAUUUGAACAAAAGAUUUUUCAAGAUUUCAACAAUGCUGGGCAUCCACGCUCUCACCGUCAAAUAUUUGGACAAGGUGGUUUUACAGAGGGAGGUGGAUCUGCGUUUCCACGCGAACAACUGGUUAUGCUGAGUCUGGGCCUGCUGAAUGCUGUUCUGCUGAUAGCUGCAUUUGUUGUUGGGAUUUACUGUGCCAAAGCCAAUGACAAUUACCUUCAGAUUCCACAUUCAACUGCUACAGACCUCACGUUUGAGCUAAGCUAUCUCCGCAACCACAGCGCAAUCGUCAAAGCUAGACUGGAGGCCGAGACAGCGUUAUCAAGAGAGCGGGAAAGUCGUAUGGAACUAAAGCUGCAAGUGAAGCAUCAGAACACCCUCACUGACGAACUUCAGAGCCAGAUUGAGACACUACUAACAGAGAGGGCUAGUCUGCAGGCUAAUAAAUCUGUGUUAGAGGAUAGCUGUGGCAGAUGCCUGCCCGGAUGGACAUUAUUAAAAUCAAGCUGCUACUACUUUCCUAACCCCAUGUCCACCUCCAAAAAGAACUGGCCAGACAGCAGAGCGGACUGCGUUAGUCGAGGGGGAGACAUGAUUGUGAUCAAUAACUGGGAAGAGCAGCAACUCAUAAAUGACAACUAUCCAAGAGAGUGGUGGCAGAGCGGGUUCUGGAUCGGCCUCACUGAUGUUGUCCUAAAGGGAAGAUGGGUCUGGAUUAACAAUGUGACUGAGGCAGAAACAGUGUACUGGAGAUCUGGGCAACCGAGGGAGGAUGGACUUCAGAGUGAGAACUGUGCUGUUUUUUUAUACUAUGAUGAUGCCAUAAGAACAUGGUAUAAUGGAAACUGCAACGAUCAUGUGCUUAACUGGGUAUGUGAGAUGGAUCAAACCUAGACAUGAAACAUCUGGCGGUGAAAUCACAAAAAAUGGAUUUAAAAUAAACUGUUGCUCGAUAAACUGGCA